CGACAUUCAACCAAUUGCCCGCGAUGGUCUGAUCGGGCGAGAAUCCGGGGAUAGCCAGUGAUUCCUUCGAUCCACUCGCAGAAUCUGGGGAAUUGCUUGACGCACGCUUCGUGUGAACGGGCACUAGGCUUAGGACCGGACGAGGGAGCCAAUGGUGUGCAUUUGUCUCACGGGCCAAGAGACUCUCGACAGGCUGACAGGUCUGCUUUGGUGAUGGUAUGCUGCUGACCCUUGUGAAGCUGUCAACUGAGGCAAAGCAUUGAGCUGUAUAAAAAGGCCAGGGUUUCCUUCAAUAGAUGGGGUAUGGGAACUGCUUUUGUCUCAUAAUCUUGCGGUUUUCUAGCAAGUCUCCCAAGUCCAUCAAGCCUCUGCAUGCAUCCCGCAAUGGCGUCCGACAAGAACAACAGCUCCGAACAUAUCGAGGAGAAAGAUGGCACCAACGCCCACCAUGGCCAUGUCCUCGACAACUCCGACCUCCCGGCCAGCAGUGAGGCCCUCGGCGCCUUGGAAAAAGAACACAACAUGACGCUGUGGCAGGCCCUGCGAAUCUACCCCAAAGCUGUCGGCUGGUCCAUCCUGCUCUCGUGCGCCAUCAUCAUGGAAGGCUACGAUGUUGUCCUGAUCGGAUCCUUCUACGCCUUUCCCGCCUUCAACGAAAAAUACGGCAACUUGAUGUCCGACGGGUCCUACGGGCUCACGGCGGCAUGGCAGGCCGGCCUAAGUAACGCUAUGAGCUGCGGGCAGAUCAUCGGCUUGUUCCUCAACGGUAUUGUCUCGGAGCGUUUCGGAUACCGACGCACACUCAUGGUCUGUCUUGCAUCGACAGUGGGGUUUGUGUUCAUUCUGUUCUUUGCGCCGAAUGUGCAGACCCUAGUCGCGGGGGAGUUGCUCAUGGGAAUACCUCUUGGCGUGUAUCAGACUCUGGUCGUGACGUACGCGUCAGAGGUCUGUCCUGUUGCGCUGCGAGCAUACCUGACCACCUACGUGAACCUAUGCUGGGUUCUCGGACAGCUCAUCGCCUCGGGGGUCCUGAAAGGUCUAGCCGAGCGCACCGAUCAAUGGGCCUACCGCAUCCCCUUCGCCAUCCAGUGGGUGUGGCCAGUGCCCAUCUUCAUCGGCGUAUACCUCGCCCCGGAAAGCCCCUGGUGGCUGAUCCGCAAAGACCGCCGCGAAGACGCCGUCAAGGCCCUCAACAGGCUCACUAAAACCGGCCACCCGGACUUCAACGCCGAAGAAACCGUCGCCAUGAUCGUGUACACCAAUGCGCUCGAGCAGCGCGUCGAAACCGGAACCUCAUACCUCGACUGCUUCAAGGGUGUGGAUCUCCGCCGCACAGAAAUCGCCUGCUGUGCCUGGGCAGCUCAGAGUCUCUGCGGCGCUGGACUGAUGGGCUAUUCGACGGUGUUCUACCAGCGCGCGGGCCUUGCCGUCUCGCAGUCCUUCACGAUGUCUCUGGUGCAGUACGCUCUUGGCGUCAUUGGCACGUUUCUCUCAUGGACGUGUAUGAUCUACUUCGGUCGCCGAACACUCUACGUCGGCGGGCUUUUCUUCCUCUCUGUCGUGCUGCUGGUCAUCGGCUUCGUCUCCAUCGCGCCCGCGACGACCGCCAUCUCCUGGGCCACGGGGUCCAUGCUGCUCGUCUACACAUUCGUCUACGACUCGACGAUCGGCCCUGUCUGUUUCUCGCUGGUCUCUGAAAUCCCGGCGUCGCGACUGCGCACGAAAACUGUGGUCUUGGCCCGGAACGUGUACAAUAUCUUGAAUCUCGUCACGGGGAUCAUCAUCCCGUACAUGUUGAAUGUGGACGCGUGGAACUGGCGCGGCAAGUCGGGUUUCUUCUGGGGCGCGCUGUGUAUCAUCUGCUUGACCUGGUCGUUCUUUAGGCUUCCUGAGCCGAAGGGUCGGUCGUAUGCUGAGUUGGAUAUUUUGUUUGAGAGGAAGACCAGGACGAGGGAGUUUGCGAAGGCGAAGACGGGAUUGAUUGAUGGGGAGGGAGAUGGUAUGACAAAGGUUGCUGUCUAAGUGUGAUGAGAAUAUGGCGUGUGAAUGAGUU